CCUUAUCUUAUACCAAAUAAAAAGGGGUCCUCCAAACACCUACAGUAACUCACAAAACCGUCGAAACUCUCCCAAGCAGGCAGGCCAUGGCCGUGUCAUCCUCCACAGCAACACUCUACAUUGCUCAGAAAGGUUUUCCGCUUCCGACGCCGAGAAAUGGCUCCACGUUCUCAAACUCCGUCGCACUUGCAUUAAAGCCACGCAGAUUUUACAUAAUCAGAAGCUCCAGUGACGCAUCAAUCGAGAGUACUACUGCAGAGGAGGCAGAGUCAGAUAGCUCCAUAGAAGUUCCCGAAGGACAUCCAUCCCUAAUUUCUGCGCUUAACGUUGAAAGGGCUCUCCGUGGCAUACCAAUCACAGAUGUAGAUUAUUAUGGAAGGCUUGGACUACCAAGAGGGUGCUCAUACGAUCAGGUUAUUGACGCAUACAGAAGCAAGACAGAAGAGCUGAAGAAUCAGGGAUUUGAGGCCGAAGAACUCGACCAAAAGCUCGAAAUGCUAAAAGAAUCGUACACAAUUCUGUCAACCGGAAGAAGAAUUUAUGACUGGAGCUUGGCCAGGAGUGAGAACCCAGACAGAUACGCUUGGCCUUACGAGGUUGACAGCACAAAACCCCCACAACAACCUCCGCCUGCACAGGAACCUGAGGAUGUUGGCCCAACACUAUCAGUGGGAUACUUCAUAUUGGGAUGGAUGCUUGUGUCCUUCGUGUUAUCUAUUGCCCUUAACCGAUAAAAGAAUGUCUAAACAAACGGACCUCGACAAUAAUUCCUUCACAAUGACAUAAUUAUUUAAAUAUUAAAAAGUCAAUU